AUGCUUCAGCGGCAGCACGACACAGUUCUGCACCGGCUGGAUCUUCAGGAUGACUUGCUCGAGCAACUGCUCUCCACACCUGCUCGAAGCCAUCCGCAACCUCACCUGACACGAGAAGCAGGGUCAGGGUCGAGCUCGCAAGCAAUGAAGCAGCUGUCGCAGCGAUCAGAUGCUGCAGCCAUGGAAAGACGCUCGCCACCAUCGCCACAGACGGCUCCCACACAAAGUGGUGCUUUCAGUACAUUUCUGAAUCAGAUCUCCAGCUCCUUCGAUCACGCGAGGCGUGGCGACGGGACGGCCUCCCGCUCGACGUCGACGCGACCCAACCAGCAGACCAGGCUCUUCAAAAGCUACACGAACCAAGAGCUGGAGAAGAAAAGAGAAGCUCACUCCGCGGACGCGAGCCGCUCCAGAGCCAUGUUCUCACGCAACAAGCAGCCUCUUAAAGCAGAUUCCGGCGCGCGCUUUGUUGACCGACUAGUGGACCAUGCGGGCUUCGAUGUGUUCUUUGCCUGUGUAGUGCUGCUGAAUUCGAUAUUGAUUGGUGUAGACGUCGAGAACACCCUCUCCUGUCGAGACCAACCUGUUUGUGAUGCUCGACCGGCAUGGUUGCAGGCUACGCAGAUUUCAUGCACUGUCUUGUUCGUGUUGGAGUUGGUCAUCCGCGUGACAGCCAGUGGGAUUCAGAUCUUUUGCUCAGAAGACUGGCUAUGGAUACUCCUGGAUGUGCUCAUUGUAGCCCUGUCGGUGUGGGAGAUCGUUGUGGAUAUCUCCCUGCUUGUGGAGCCAGAUCAGGAAGGGAUGAACGAGGGCGUCAGUGGCAUCGCCAGCUUAAAGGCAUUCAGGAUUAUUCGACUUACCAGGAUAUUGAAAACGGCUCAGCUGAUGCGGGUCUUCCGUUUCGUGAUGGCGCUUCGAACUUUGGUCCAGUCGGUGUUGCAUACGCUGAAGGCCUUAAUGUGGGCGCUUCUCCUGCUGUUGUUAAUAGUCUAUGUGUUCGCCGUUCUCUUCACCCAGGCAAUUCAUGAUCACAUUUAUGUCGACAUGCUUCCGAUGCCGGCGGACGCGGAGGUGGCCAGCGAUCGCUACUUUGGGUCCCUCCUGGAUUCUAUGCUCAGUCUGUUCAUGAGCAUUGCUGGGGGCGUGAGCUGGGAGGAGGUCCUUCUUCCUUUGCGACAUGUCUCCUCGGCUUGGAUCUGGACGUUCUGCUUCAUCUUCUAUAUAUCGUUUACAUAUUUUGCCGUAUUGAAUGUCGUCACAGCAGUCUUCUGUCAGUCAGCUAUCGAAUCUGCACAGAACGAUCACGCAACCGUGGUGCAAAAUAUGUUGGACAACAAGGAGUCUCACCUGAAGAAGUUGCGUGCGCUCUUCAGCAAGUUCGACAUUCAGGCAAAUGGAGGCAUUACUUAUGGCAUGUUCGAGGAGAAACUCGAUUCCCCGGCUGUUCGUGAAUACUUCGAGACGCUUGGGCUGGAUGUGUGGGAUGCCUGGUCCUUUUUCAAGCUUCUCGAUCAGGACGGUGGUGGCCUGGUGGAGAUCGAAGAGUUUUUUAUGGGGUGUUUGAGAUUCAGCGGACAUGCUCGGGCGAUGGACGUUGGCAAAAUCAUCCAAGAUCAAGGCUGGAUUAUCA